GAGGACGGUGGUAUUCCAAUGGCUGACAUGUCUUAUCCAGAUGGAACACAUGCUCCUCCACCAGGAGGGGUCAGGAUCUUCCCCCCUGCUCCCGUGAAACCCGGAGAACCACUUUACGCACAAGUCAACAGGGACAAGAAGAAGAACAGGCAGAUGGAUGGGGUGGGGGGAGUUGAAGGAGGAGGGGUAGCUGCAGGCCAGGGGGUGUGGGGAGGCUAUGAGGAGCAACAGGCCCCCCCUAAAGGCCUCGUUGUGGGCCAUGUUGCUGCCCCACCUACCGGGGGAGAUUCCUGGGUCUAAACAAAUAACACCCUCGUUCUAAGCCUGUUUCAUAACAAACUAAGUAUUAUACCUGUUUAUGAGUAAUAUUAUUCGGUAGGCACUUAACAUGCUGUGUUCAUGGGACUUGUAAUAUCAUCAGUUAGGUUAAGCACUAAACACUCUGAAACUGGAAAGAAAUAUUCUACUAACUUUACAUUUUGAAAGUAGUCUAUUACUCUGUUCAUGGGUAAUAUUUCAGUAAUAGGCUUUCAAACUAAGAAUUCUUCAGAUUUCUUUAGAAAUCUUUACAACUAAGAAUUUUGAGAAUAAUAUCUAUUCAUGAGGCUUGUAAUAUUAGUCAGGGUAAACACUUAACACCCUGAAACUGAAAAGAAAUAUUCUACUAACUUCACAUUUUGAAAGUAGUCUAUCAUUCUAUUCGAGAAAUUGCAUAAUGGGUAAUAUUUAAGUCUCAAUAGGCUUUUAAACUGAGAACUCUUAAGAUUUAUUUAGAAAUCUUCACAACUAGGAAUUUAGAUAAUUUCUAACAUUGCAAUGACCUUUUAUCGAAUAAUAUCGAUAUUCUGAGGAUCGACCAAUCGAGAGUUCACUAAUUCUCUAGAUCACUUCAAGUGAGGUGGCAUCCCAAGACUAGAUCUAUGUUUCGUGAUGUGCUGACUCUUUCCUUAUGGGCCAGCAAAAUUGAUUGACUACGAUAAAGAUUUGCCAUAAAAAAUGCUGGUUUUCAGUCAGGCAUUUUGGAACUAGUUGAAGAAUGUGACAGCUUAGAGUUUGUUGUAAAGUUGAGCAUUUAUUGCUGCAUCGAGUGUUGUAUUAUGUUGAUGGAUUUAUCUCUUACUGAAUUUGAAAUGAUCUGUCCCAAAAAUUUUAACCAAGGCGCUCAUAUUUCAAAAAGU